UUCUGUUCUUGUCCCUCUGAAGGGAAACGAAUGCUCCAUGGAAGCUGGCAACGUAACCACAGUCACUGCGUUUAUUCUCCUGGGACUAUCCAACAACCCUCAGACCCAGGUAGCACUGUUUGUAUUAUUUCUGGGGAUCUACCUCCUGACCCUCACGGGGAACCUGCUGAUGCUGCUGGUGAUCAGUACUGACUCCCACCUCCACACCCCCAUGUACUUCUUCCUCUGUCACCUCUCCUUCCUGGAUGCUUCCUACUCCUCAAUCAUUGUGCCUAAACUGCUGGAGAACCUUCUUUCCAAGUGGAAGACUAUAUCCCUCCUUAAGUGUUUCACCCAGAUCUCCUUGGUGAUCUUUUCUGGGGCCACUGAAGCUUGUCUCCUUUCAGUCAUGGCCUAUGACCGGUUCCAGGCUGUGUGCCACCCGCUGUUGUAUGUGGUGGCUAUGAAUAGGAAAGUGUGUACCAGCCUGGUGGCAGCAUCCUGGGCCAUUGGAAUGGGGACCGGACUGGUUAACACCAUCCUCCUGGCCCAGCAUCACUUCUGUGGCCCCAACCUCAUCCGCAGUUUUGCCUGCGAGCUUCCCCCUGUGCUACUGUUGGCCUGUUCUGACCCUUCCAUUAGCAUUGCCUCCAUCCUGACCACCAUGGUGGUCCUGGGCCUUGGCACCCUUGUCCUGUUGCUGGGUUCCUACAACCGUAUCAUCAUGACAGCUCUGGGCAUCAACUCUGCCACGGGUCGGAGCAAGAUCUUCUCUACCUGCUCAUCUCAUUUUCUCGUGGUCACCAUCUUUUAUGGAUCGGGGGUAACCAGGUACAUGACUCCAGCUUCCGGCUCAGCCCUGGAGCAAGUGCUGUCCGUGCAGUACAGUGUGGUGACCCCGCUGCUAAACCCCCUCAUCUACAGUCUGAAGAACCAGGAGGUGAAGGCAGCUCUGAGGAGAAUGCUGGCCAGGAAGCCCAGGCUCACCUUCUAAGCCAGGCUCCACUGCCUCCUCAUAACUGGAGGAAAAGUUGUGGGAAGAGGAGACAGAAACAGCUAUCAUCGCUAAGCUAUCUCAGCGUUCAUUUUUUUCCAAAACAGAAGCCUUAGUUCCUCUGACACCAGUGCCCUCCUCCAGUCAAGCAAGAUGGGAGAACCUCCACAGAACUGAAGGCACCAUCCAUGGGGGCCCAGUUACCACACAAGAAAAUCCUCAAAAAAUCAAUAUGGAAGAGCUUCAAAAAACUGAAAGUUGAAACAUCACAUGAUCCAGCAAUUCCACUUCUGGAAUUGAAAAGGAAAUGAGAAUGCUGACUCAAAAAGUUAUCUGCUAUGGAGGACAAACUAGUCGUUACCAGUGGGGAGAGGGAAGGGAGAGGUCCAAACUAUUAGGUAUAAAAUAAGCUACAAGGAUAUAUUGUACAACACAGGGAAUAUAGCCAAUAUUUUAUAAUAGCUAUAAAAGGAGUAUAACCUUUAAAAAUUGUGCAUCAUUGUAUUGUACACCUGUAACUUAAAUAAUAUUUUACCACAACUAUACUUCAAUAGGGAAAAGAUAUUUGUAUCCCAGUGUUCAUAACAGCAAUAUUUACAAUAGCCAAGAUGUGAAGAGAACCUAAAUGUUCAUCAAUGGAUGAGUAGAUAAAGAAGGUAUGCUGUGUAUAUAUCCAAUGGAAUAUUAUUCAGCCAUAUAAAAUAAGGAAAUUCUGCCAUUUGUGACAACAUGGCUGGACCCUGAAGGCAUUAUGCCAAGUGAAAUAAAUCAGACAAAGAAAGACAAAUACUGGAUGCUCUCAGUUAUAUGCAGACCCUAAAAACAAACAAGCUCAUAGAAAAAAAGAUCAGACAUAUAGUUACCAGAGGCAAACAGUGGGAGGAGGGGGGUUUGGAGAAAGGUGGUCAAAGGUACAAAUUUCCAGUGUAAGAUAAGUAAGUCCUAGGGAUGUAAUGUACAACACCGGUGACUAUAGUUAACACUGCUGUGUGCUAUAUGGGAAAGUUGUUAACAGAGUAAAUCUCAAGGGUUCUUAUCACAAGGAGAAAAUUUUUUUCCUUUUUUCUUCUCUUUAUGUUGUAUGUAUAUGAGAUGAUGAAUAUUAGCUGAACCUACUGCAAUACUCCCUUCACAAUAUAUGUAAAUCAAACCAUCAUGCUCUACGGCUUCAAUGUAUACAGUAAUGUGUGUCUGUCUCUCAAUAAAACUGAGGAAAAGAAGAAAAGUAAUGACU